AUGUGGAUUCUGAGGUUUGAAUGCAUUGGAGCGGAUGGAACUAAGGUCAAUUAUUCGUGCUGCUUGAAACAAGCGGUGCGCUACGACAUCGGAAGGUCUACCAAGACCCCGUUACAUAUAAAAAACGAUAAGAGUAUAUCUCGAAGCCAUAUCCAGCUCGAAGUGGACGGUCAUGACGCCUUGACUGUGAUAAACGUUGGGAAACUAACGAAGCUCAAUGGAGAAGUAGUCAAAGUUGGCUACAGUGCACGAUUUUCGCCUGGUGCGAAAGCCAUGCUCGAAAUGGGAGCAUCGCCCAUCGUGGCAUCGGUGAGUCAUGAGAGUGCAUUAUGGAAGAUUCCACACGAUAUUUCUAUGGUAGAUACCGUCAAACAGCGACUAGCACUGUAUGGUAUCGAUGCUGUUGCUACGCUAUCUCCCAAAACGAGCAUACAAGUCAUCAAACAGCGUCCGGGCAAAUAUGGGAAUUGCCUAUUUUCUUUACUGGCAGGCAUCCCUGUGCUGCGUGAAACGUUUAUCGACAGCUUCUUGCAGCAGUUUGACCAUGUUCAUACCAACUUCGACGAAAAGUGUAGUGAACUUAAAAUCCAGAACUCUCAAUUCCCGAAUUACAUAUUUCGACCGUCAAUUUUCCAGGGUCUCGACUUCGUGGUCACUAGCAGAAAGGUGUUUGCCAUUUUUAAGCACAUUGUGGAUGCCGGAAACGGUACACUGUGGCUGUGCGACGGCGUCUCGAAUCUUGGUACUUUCAUUAAGUUGCAUGUUCGAUCUGACAAGAUUGUGACAUUAGUUCACCUCAAUGACUCUACCUCUCCAUUGCCAGAGCAAGAACUUCAGGGCCUUAAUGAACUUCAAGAGGCAAGAAACUUGAAAGUGGAAGCUAAGAGUUUGGGCCUAAAGAUAUAUGACGUGAACGAUAUUGUAAAUGCAGUGUUGAACAACGACAUUAAAUCGCUCCUCCAGCGAAUCCCGGUUGAAAAAAUCUGUUCAACAUCUUCAGGUUUGGGAUCUUUCGAUGUAAGCGGCUCUGCAAACCUCGACAGCCAGUUUCAAUCGGCCACUGCAGCCGGCGAACUGACCGUGAAUCCUACAUCAAGAAAACGAAGGGCCAAUCGUCAUCGUGUUCAGCCGCUUAACAGCUUAACAUUCUUCGGUGGUGGCUCAAUUGCGUCACAAGAGGUUAAAUCGACAGUCGAAGACUCUAAUUCUAACAAACCGAGAAUCGUGACGGAGCCACCUGUAUCUUCAAACUCAGAGGAAAUACCAUUGUCUAAGAAGCCUCGUCUGGAGCCCCAGUGCAUGGUCGAAGAUUUACCAUCCUCCUCGCGUAAAACUGAAGAUACGCCUACUACUAAGAGAGCUCAUGAAAAGCCUUCCGAGCAGCACGAAGGAAGCGCUGAUGCUAAACGUCCCAGAAUAAGCGAUUUAAAGAACUCCGAGUAUGUUGCUUCUAAACAGGCAGCUCAAGAAGCCAUACACGCAAAUGAGAACGUUCAGCAGAUAUCGGAAUUACCAAAAGCUAUUCCAGCUAUUGUGACAUCGGCAGACGCAGGCGGUAAAGACACCUUUGAAGCCCCAAAUAAUACCUUGAGAAGUGAUAAGCGAUCAGUGUCAUUUGUUCGUGCUAUCCAAGAAGCAAAAUCGCAUGAGGUAGACAGGCUGAGGGAGAAGAUGGCUGACGUUCAAGGUGAAGAACUCACUGAGGAGGCAAUUAUGCAGCUGGACAACCUGGCCAUUGUGGAAGCCAAAAAUCUGCUGAGACCAAGAAACAGCAUCCAAGGCACCCCAGUUACAAACAAUAAUGAGCUGUGGAGUGGCAGAAAGGAUUUCAAGAAAUUUGUAAAAAUAUGGCCCUCACAGUAUGCAAGAUCCAGUCCUGAUCCAGCUAGUGACGCAAUUCGUAAUAAGGCUUGUUUAAUUACACGAGAUUACGUCCCCAUGCAACCAUACAAUCCUAGGAGAGCUUCUCCACCAGUGGAUGAUAUGGUGCCUGAACUUGGGGAAGCCAGUGAUAUGCGUUCGGUGGCGGAAGACGGGAUAGAUCUUGGGGUGAGGGUUGAAGAUGAUGAGCCGAUAUUCGAAUUCACGAGCCAGCGCCAAAACUCACAAGCAAGCCACUUCGCCAACGACAAUUCACGCCCGCGAAACAAUCAAGAACUUUUUGUUGUUGAUGAGGACGAUUCACAACAACUUCCUGACACUGGUGUUUCUGACAAAAAUUCUGCAAGAGAAGAUUCGCGUCUCAUUACAUCGAAACCUACCUCUAUUCCAGUAAAGUCUCACAAGAGUCGAAAAAACGAUGACGAUAAUGACGACAGUGAUGACGAACCUAGAUUUCAAUUCCUCUCAAGAAGAAGAUGA